AUGUUUGUACCUCAGCUCUACAGCUAUCGCAACCAUUUCCACAAGCGGGCAGAGAAUGAUCAGGCAGAGGACAGCCCUUCAAGAAAAAUUUUCAUUGUUGUUUCCAUUGCGCUCCUUGGUGUUAUCAUUGUCUGUCUAAGCCUCUACUAUGGCCUCCGGACCCUCCGAUUUCGAAAUUCAGACCCCAAAUUCAUACCCACGAAGUAUCUAAAGAAAAAAUGGAGAAAUUGGUUACCAAAAACCACAUACGGCCACGUUCCGAAUGCCAUUCCAGCAACGCGGCAGGCUGGGGCUAACUGGUCAGGUAAUACUGCUUAUACUGGUGCUGGCGACCUCAGUCUUGACCGCAGAACCUCCAUUCAAUCAGUAAUGACGUUACCCUCAUACUCGCCAAUCCCGAAACCGACAGAGCAAGUAGUUGGGAGGGAAGGCGAGCGUGGUGGGAUGGAUGUUGUGAUGGAGUUCCCAGAAACAGCUGAUGAGGAAGAGGCUCGAAGGGAAGAGGAGAUGGAGUCGUUAUACCAAAUCCGGUUGGCAAGAAGACAAGAAGUCGCUGAGCGGGAACGGCGAAGACUGGAACGGAGGGAAGCUCGAGAACGUGGUGAUUGGGCGCGAUUGGAGGAGAUACAGCGUCAGAGUCGAGCUCGAAAUCUGGAAGAAAAUCAGAGUGACAACGGCAGCAAUACCAGUAUUAGCGCAGCAGCUCUGAUAGCUGAACAUCAGUCUCGUGGUAGAGAGAAGCGGGUGGCACGUGUUACGUAUGCGGAUGUGGGCGAUGUUCGACAUGAUGGCACCCGAUUGCGUGCCAGCUCCCAGGAGUCAGACUCAAGACCGCUCCUUGACGCUGCGUCCAGUAUGGGAAGCGAUGGAAGUACUUCACUACCAAGAUCGGCUGAAGGUCGUCAGCGCGCAACUUCGGGCUCCUCUCUCUUUUUGAACCCAACCAACCAAUCCGACCACGAUACACCCCGAGGAUCUAUAACUCCAGCUGAAACAGAUAUUGGCAACUCGAAUAUUGCAAACCCUCCACAGUAUGAUCAAUUGGAUUGGGGGGAGGCCCCGCCAUAUCAGAGUCCGGUUGCUGGAAGGGGGCAAGGCCCCCAACCUCCUGAAAUUACAGCAGUUCCUAGCAUCGAAAUAGAAAUCCCGACUCCCGGAAACAGUGCCCCUGUUACCCCGGUGUCUUCUAUGCCUCACUGGGUCGACUCGCCUUUUUCCAACCCCUGGGCAUUGACCGAGCCCCAAUCGCUGUGUAUCCUGUAUGCCAAGCUUCCUCCUGAAAUCCGCUUCUUGAUAUUUGAAGCGUUGCUUGGCAAUCGAGUGCUUCAUCUGUAUGUGAUCUCUAAUAAGUUUAAACUCCUCAAAUCGUGCCUGCAGGGUUCAAACCGGGAAGAGAUAUUCCGGGAUGAACCUUACUCCAACAACCAGCGAAAAAAUAAGUUUAUUCAUUGCCAUUGCGGCCAUGGGGCAGAGGAGAGUCUAAGCUUAGAGAUUUUAAGAACAUGUAGAAGGAUAUAUUCCGAAGGUAUCCCGAUCCUAUACACCAAAAACAUUUUUACUUUCGCGAAAGACUCUGCCCUGUCCCUUGCUGCACCCAGCUUUGCACCAAGGCGUUUCAAAUCCCUCACUUCCGUCGAACUGCACUUACCGAACAACACUCAAUUUCACCGAAGUGUCAUGGAUACUUUAAUCGAUGACGCGAUUCACGCAGCUAUCGAUGCGUUGUUUCGUCUCCCUCAAGUAAAGGUGUUCCGUCUCUUUACAGAAUUCCUACCACAGAUGAUUGUGAACGAUAAAUCUGGGAGUUGGGAAAAAGCGUGGCUCGGAGCCGUGGACGAUUUUGCAAAACUGAGAGCGUCGACUCUGGAGAUGCUGGAAUUUACCAUUCCGCCUUCGUGUUUUGAUAUACUGCUUGGUAAUAAAAAUGAAGAGGAAAUAUUCUGCAAUGAGUUGCGGGGUGGGAGGCGCUAUCGGAGACAGCUCGAGGGCGUGAGCCAAGGUUUUGAAUAUUGGAUUUCGUGCCCUGGGGAAAUUCGCUUCGAAUAG